AUGGAACACAAAGGAGUGAGAACACGUCGCUUAUGGCGUGAAAUUAAAUUAAUUAUAGUAAAGACUGUGUUAGCAAUGGUUCCGGAAUUAAUGCUUAAUUAUGAACAUCAUUUUUGUGAAUUUAAAUAUCAAGCACCUCAAUGCUUUCAAAUAAUUGGUCUAGAUAUUCUUGUACGGCAAGAUGGUACCCCUAUUCUUCUCGAAGUUAAUUCAUCACCUUCAUUAAGCGUUGACCACAUUUUGGCACAAAAUGAGAAUAUUUGGAUAGAAAAUUCAGAAAUCCCUCAACCAUUUAAUAUAUCAGAACAACCUGUUAGAUCUGUUGUUGAUGAAAUGAUUAAAGUUCCUUUAGUUAGAGACACUUUACUUUUGGUUCUUGAUCAACUUGAAUAUCAUUAUCCUUUAUAUAAAGAAAAUCAAACUAAAUUGGCUGGGAAAAGCGAUUUUAUUAGUGGAUUAAAUGACCAAAAAUUUGAUAAAAACUCCAUUGGAUCAACACUAUCAAUAGCCUCUACAAUUGGAAAUUUAUCAUCUAAAAGUACAAUUGAUGAUUUAGGACUUUUAAAUAGAACAAAAAAGCCUCAUUUAUCUGAGGUAUUCCCAAUAAAUUAUGGACAAACAAGUAAACAUUUGUUAGUUUUAGAUAAAGCAGUUUAUUUAUAUUUGCAAUUUUGUAAUAUAAAACAAACACUUCUUAUUUCAUUACCAGCAAUUCGUGCCUUUAUUAGAAAAUGUGAAUUAACAAAUUUAAUAACUUGUGAUGCUUUAGAAGAGAAAUUUGAUGAAAUUACUAGCCUUUUCUUUGGAAAUGAUAAGAAGACAGCAAUUGUUGUCUCUUCGGGUGCAUUUGCCUUGCCUUUUCGAGGAUUUUUACAUAUUCUUUUCCAUCUUGCAAAAUUAAGAAUUAAUUUAAUAAAUGGAAAAAUUGAAGACGAAUUACAGCUUUUACCGGCAUUACUAGAAUUAUUAACACAUUGUGAUUCUGCACUUCGUCGUUAUGGAGUUCGUUCAGCAAGGCUUAGGCGUGCAGAAUUAAUAAUGGAUAAUGAAGAGGAGAAAAAUAAACGGGACGAGAAUAAUGGCACUUUUAGUAAAGAGAUGCUUGUACAACGUUCCCAGCCUACUUUGAAGAUUUACUUAUUACCAGGACGAAUAAAUCGUCGAUCGUUAGAACCAAUUAAGCAGGGAACAAAUUGGAUUAAUGAAUAUAAAAGAAUUAAUACAAAAUCUAUUCGAACAAAAUCGUUGCCGAGAAAAUUUGCUGGAAAAUAUACAGUUCGUAGAAGGGAACAUAAUUUGAAAUUUUGA